CGGUGUCAGGCGCAAUCAGGAACAUCAUGGUGAAGUUCCUGAAGCCCGGGAAAGUGGUGAUCCUGCUUACUGGGAGGUAUGCUGGGAAGAAGGCAGUGAUCGUGAAAAACAACGAUGAUGGCACAUCUGGAAGGCCAUACGGCCAUGCCAUCGUUGCUGGUCUUGCAAAGGAGCCUCGCAAGGUCAUCAAGCGGUCUUCCUUGAAGAAGCAGGAGAAGCGGUCUAAGCUCAAGAGCUUCAUGAAGGUGGUGAACUACCAGCACAUCAUGCCCACUCGGUACACAUUGGAUGUGGACCUGAAGUCACUUGUCACAGCCGAUGUUGUUGACAACAGCACCAAGAGGAAGGAGACCCGCGUGGAGGUGAACAAGAUCUUGGAAGACAAGUUCAAGACCGGAAAGAACAGGUGGUUCUUCCAGAAGUUGCGAUUCUGAAGGAAAUGCGACUCAGUCUGAGAGUAUUCAACUGGUCUAGGUUGUACCAACACGCCUGAAGAGCUUUUGCUAGCUGCAGCAAUGAUGGAAGCACAAUUGUAAUGUCCUGAAAUAAUAUA